UUACUAACAGUUCUUCAGUUUAUUUUUGGAAACUUAUUUGCAUAAUUUAAAAGAAAGCAGAGACUUUUUCCCGCUGACAGCUCAGCGUCUCUGGAAGUCGAUAUCUGCUUGCUAGCGGUUACAACCGUAAGAUCAAUUCAUAAUAUUGUACGUGCGUAAGUGGAAACACAUACUUUAUAAUGUUUCAAGAUAAUAAUUGCGCAAAAUAUAAGUUUUCAACGUUAUGCGGCAUUCCGUAUUUUGGUUGCUAUGGCAACGAGAUCCAUUGUGGUGUACCUGAAGAAAAUGUAACGGAAAUGCAUGUUGUGCAAUCUUCACUGUGACACCGGUUACACUUUCCGAACAACAAUGAUACAAGAAUUAAAUAUGGUUACUUAAGUGUGAUAUAUCAAAUGUGUUAUUUCUAUUGGAUUUUCAUAGAUGUAUAAAAUGGAUACACGAGAAGUAGCGUCCAGAAAGUUUGUAAGACAGGCGUAUGGUAUCGUCUCAUUGUUACAGAUAUGUUUGGGAAUAUUGCUCAUUGUAUCUGGGCUUUUAGCCUUGCAGUUUACAGAAGAUGAAUUCCACAUAUCAACGCCUCCAUAUUUCAUUGGUGCUUUCCUUGUCGGGGCUUUGGUCGUAAGUGCAGGUAUCUGCUCACUUUAUGUUUACGCCACAAAAGCUCCACUAAGAGACUAUUAUUUCCUAGAAAUGACGGCAGCUAGGCGUAUACAGAGAGCUGUCACCGGAAAUACUGUUUCCUCUAUUCUUUCAUUACUGGGUUGUAUUCUUGGAUUGUUUGUGUGUGUUGUAUUCGCCGUCGGCCCCUGUGACACAGAUAUGUGGUUUUCAAAGUGUAGUUUCAAAGCAAACAAAACAGAACAUCGAGCAUUGGCAGUGUUUAUUACAAUAUUUCUGUGUUCAUGUACGAUACUUUCAAUAUAUGCAUCUUUAAUGUCGUGUAUCCACGGAUGGGUAUUUGAUUUUGAAGCAUGCGCAGUUCAAACGCGCAGCCGGAAACAAAAUGGCGAAGAACGUAGCGCUAGUCGACCAAACUCUACAUUUCAACCAUUGCCAAUGUUUGAUAUUGAAGAAAAUGUUCAAACGCCGGAUGAGGGACCGACUGCAAACAAUUACAAAUCAACAUCGUCGUUUAAACAAACGCACGAUGGACGCCAUCUUUCAGAGAGCAGCAACGAAGAUCAGCACAGCCAUACGAGGAAGCACGUGACAGGCCAACAGCCGCCAUCUUACGUUGCUGUACUGAAUGACCCUGCAAUGAAAAAGAAGUUAAAAGAACGAAACAGUCGACUGCAGGAUCAAUGAGUUCCACAAUGAAUUCAUAAACAUGUAUAUCAUAUCUAUAAAAAUGUAAUAUUUAUUUUUUCAUAAAUUUUAUAUCAUUAUCCUUGUAGUGUGUUCACAUUAAAAAAAAGCGUUUAAUAUGUUGAUUUUAAUUGUUUUAUAACAAAAGCAUACAAAUGUUGAUAACGUUAGAACCAUGAUUAUAGUGCUUUUAUUUCAUUAGUCCUCGUUUUCUGAUAGCACUUUAAGAAAUUAAAGUAAACUUGUUGCUCAUAAACAAGAUGUAGAUUAUUUGGACAGGGUAUUUAAAGUUUCCUGUAUGAAUGGAUAUUUGGCCAGUUAUUGUUUUAUUAGCCUAGAAUCUAUAAAUUCUUAUUGAGGUAUUUGAAUACACAUGUCAUAUUUGAUUGUGAGGUUUUAUAUUAUUUAUGUAGGUCUAUACCAAUAACUUGUGUGCAAAUUUUAAGAUCAUUCUUUCACUGCUUUUUUUAUCAGUAAAAUGUUUUUAUUGUGCAAAUUGAUCUAAAAAGGAAAAGUGUUUUAAACAACGCUUUUAUCUAAAAUCAGACUCAGAAUCACAUAUAACAUCAGUUUUUAAUUAAAUUUGAGUAUAUUCUUAAUUAUUUUUUGCAUAUUUUACUAUUUAAGUGCCCCAGUUGAUUAAUGUACAAUGCUAAAGUAAAUGUUUUAGGCUUUGGGACGUCAGUGGAACUACUUAAAGUAUUUUCAUUGUUUUCCUUAUCAUUUUGUAGGCUUUAGAAAAGAGUACUGCCAAAUGUUUUUUUUUCCAGGCCCACUUUAUAUAAAAA